UAUAAGUACUUAUUUUACCCUUUACUCCAAAAAAUACCAAACUCUACCCAACUCGGGCAUGUCUGAUCGUUCUCCUCGUCUUCUUUCUCUGCGCACAAAACCCUUCUCACUGCUGCAAUUAUCAAAUACUCCUUCAUCCGCCGCUGCGAUUAAAGUACCGGGUUCGGUUUUUUUUUGGUUUUUUUUUUUUUUUGAAAAAAACUUCUUCAUCCGCCGCUGCGAUUAUCUAAGUACCAGGUUCAGAUUAUUUUUUUUGGCGAAAAUCUCUUUCAUCCGCUGCUGCGAUUAUCCGAGUACCAGGUUCGGAUUAUUCUUUGGAGAAAAUCUCCUUCAUCCCCUUCUGCGAUUAUCCAGAGUACCAAGUUCGGAUUUUGGGCGAAAAUCUCCUAACCGGGUGAUAGUGUGAAUCGGAUUUCCAUGUACUUCUAGCAGCUCCAUCUAAAAGAUUGCUUCAUCACCGGGCAAAGACAUAAAGAAGGGCCAAUACUUGAAGUGAAAAAGUCCAAGAAGUCCCUAAAUGCUCCAGGAAACAUUGUUUGGACAGACUCAUACCUAAGAGAGAGGAUCAGGGGAAAGCUGACCGUCAAUGCAGCACUUUUCACCAUGAAAAAUGUUUAUUUGCUUUGCUCAAGCAAAAAAUGCAAUCUUUAAGAGAACCCCUGUUGGGUGAGUUGCCAAUGCAUUUUGUGCGUCAUUUGUCCAUUCGGUGAUCAAGCGUUUAAGGACACCAAGCUUACAGCUAAGGAAAGAAUUGGAAAGAUGAAAUUCUCAGUGAAGGCAUGGAGCAACGGGAAAGCUCGUGCAGGGGUUUUGCAGUUGAGUAGCAGCCCAUACUCCAUCGAGACUCCGGCUCUCGUUCUCACCACUCGCAAAGGGCUGCCCGUUUUUAUUCCUCCCGAUCACCUCCCUUCCCUCCCUUUGCCGGACUCCAGCCUUCUUCAGGUUUGCCCGGUUCACUUCUUAGGAUGUGUCUCUAACCAAACCAUAUCUGACAGUGGAGGACUGCACCAGAUGCUCGGUUUACAUGACCGGAUAUUCACAGCCGUUCCAAGGGACUCCAUUAUUUCCAUACCUGAGUACAUGAGUGCUAACAGGACUGGAGCUUCAUUUGAAACUCCUUGCGGUCGUUGUUUGAUAAAACCUGCCGAGUACAUGAAAAUGAUUUCUUCUAUGAGACCAAAUAUGUGGGCCACUUUAUCUGAUGAGGUGCCUGCUUGGGUUUCACAGAAGAGAAAUAGAAUAUCUGUUGAUCGCACUUUGAGAUGGCUUGAUGAUUGUAUCACUUUAAACCUGACAGACACAACCAUUUUUGGUUCUAUUGUUGGGGGCUCAAGCGUUGAAGAAAGACAGCGUUGUGCUCAAGAAGUUGCUAAGAGAAAUGUUUCAGGUUAUUGGAUUGGUGGCUUUGGAUUAGGAGAGAGUAUGGAUGAACGCACUGCCCUUCUUAGUGCUGUUACGGAAUCGUUACCUGAGAAUAAGCCACGACAGAUAUGUGGGCUUGAACUUCCAGAAGAGGUCUUGCAGGGAGUUGCAGCAGGCAUUGAUCUAUUCGAUUCCUCGUACAUCUUUAACCUGACACACGGAGGUUUCGCACUCACUUUCCCACUUGAUAGAACUGAGAGUCACUUGUCUGAUUGUCAGCCAUAUAGUGACAUAGGCUGUGACGGGACAAAGAUCAACCUGAAAUCAACCAUGUACAGGAAAGAUACGUCACCAAUUGUUGACGGCUGUAGCUGUUUUACAUGUCAAAGCCAUACAAAGGCGUACAUUAAUCACCUGCUUAUUGUUCAUGAAAUGUUGGCUCAGAUCCUAUUAGAAAUACACAACACUCAUCAUUAUCUACAAUUCUUCCGCUCCAUCAGAGAGUCAAUUAAGGAAGGAACCUUUGAGCAAUACCGGGAGAGGUUCAUCAUAAGUAGACGUACACAUCUUUCCACUCUUUCUGCUUCAGCAAAUUAAGUUCAAGUUAUCUUUAGAAUGUCCAGAAGCACACAAGAUUGCUUUUUUCAGAGGAGUACUCUGAUAUUUUAUCAACUUGAUUAAUGGCGGAUAUUCUAGAUUUGACUAGUGUCACCUGUGACCUGUGUGGUGCACCGAACAAUCAUUUGUUCCUAUUUCAAUUCUUUCAAUGGCUAUUUAUAUGAUUGUAAACAUUUUAGCUUAAUAUAGA